CGCGAGCGGCUGUCGUCCGCCCGCUCGCUGUCCUGCCUGGGCGGUCUGGCUCGGGAGCUGGGCGGCUGCGGGCGGGCGCUGGGGGAGCUGCUGCGGGAGGUGGAGGCGGGCAGGAGGCGGGAGGUGCUGGGACUGUUGUACGCCCCCCUGGAGGACAAGGUUGCUGCGUACGGCGAGCUGGAGGCGGCGCAGCUGCAGGCCGACAUGCGGGCAGCGCUGGGGGCAGCGGGAGUGGAGGGCGGCGAGGGGGAUGCGGGGGCGGUGGUGUCGCGGCUGGCGGGCUCCAUCAGGCCCGCCUUUGCGGCGCUGCAUGCAGCAGUGGACAGGUGCAACGCGCUCACGGGCGGCAGCGAGGUGCGCGCGCUGCUCAAGGCAGCCGACACCGAGCUGUCCGCCUACCUGGCAGCGCUGCAGGCGGCGGUGGCGGGGCUGGGGGAGCGGCACAGGGCCCGAGUGGCGGCAGCCGCCACCGCCACCACCUCGGCUGCUACCACCACCGCCUCCGCAGCUGCAGCAGCGGCGGCUACCGCAGCGGCAGCGGCAGCGGCAGUGGACGAUGGUGAGGACAUAGCCAACGUUCUGCAGCUUAUCAAGGUGGGGCGGGAGCUCUCAGCGGCGGUGAGCCGGCUGGAGGCGGUGCUGAGGACGGCGGUGGCGACGGCGGUGGCGCGACUGCAGGCGCUCACCGCGGCACCCCCAACUCCUUCCAUAUCCCAGCAGCAACAGCAGCAGCAGCAACAGCAGCAUGGAGGGGCUGCUGGUGCCACGCCGUUUGCAGCCGAGGCAACAGCAGCAGCGGCAUCUGCGACGGCCUCCUCCUCGUCCGCCUCCUCGUCAGGUGUUGCGGUGCCGCAUGCGUUGUCCGGGGCGGCGGAGGCGGACCCAGUGGCGUUGCGGCUGGUUGCGGCGCGCGGGGAGCGGCUGGCACGACUCGUGAAGCUUGGCGCGAGCCUGAGUGACCCACGGUUCAUGGUGCUGCCUGGGGCGGUGGCUCAGCUGGAGGCCUUCUCAGCCACUGUGCAGUCCACCGUGUUCGGGGUGCUGCUGGCCCGUGUGUCCGCGCUGCUGGCCCCGCUGCCCGGCCUGCCCGAGUGGACCAAGGGUGGCUCUGCGGGCGGUGCACACGGCGGGGUGGCGCCCCUGCCCGCCUUCAACACCUACCCGCUGCCCUACGUGACGGCCAUCGGGGACCACCUCAUGGCGGUGCCGCAGCAGCUAGAGGUCCUCAUGGGAGACACAGCCGACGAUGCUCCCGCCUCCGCCACCUCCGCCACCUCAGCAACCGGCGAGGGAGCUGCUGCUGCUGCUGCGGCCGCUGCAGCCGGCGGCGGUGGCGACUCAGCUGCCGAGUGGGAGGAGGUGGCUGCGGAGUGGCUGGACAAGGUGGUCAGCGGCGCGGCGGGGAUGUAUGGGGAGGCGGUGUGCAGGAUACCCGCGCUGAGCCACCAGGGCGGCAUCCAGCUGUCCACCGAUGUGGAGUACUUUGUGAACCUCAUGACUGCGCUGCACGUGGCACCGCCCCCCGCGCUGCUGACGUUGCAGCUGCUGGCGGGGGCGGCCCCCGAGGAGUUCGGGGAGCUGGCGCGGGGGGCGCUGGCGGAGGGAGGGGCGGAUGCGGCGGCGGUGCGCGCGCUGGCGGGCAUGAGGAGGCUGCCCCUGGAGUGAAAAAGGGAGGAGAGAUGCUGGUCCUAACUGGUCAGGGAGAAGCAAAAUGCGGCGUUGUAAAUGUGGCAGUGGAAAAUGGGGUGUACGGUUGUUGGCUAUGACGUGUAAAUCUGUAGUACCUGCUAUACCAGUUUUUCAGGUGGUGUUUGUGGCAUGCACAGCAAUACACCAGACGCGGGGAGGUAACUUGUACCGGCCCCUUUCCAUGUUGUGCUCCAGCCCCGUUUGCAAGUCAGACGUACGUGGCCAGUACCGGGUAUGAUUGUUGCCGUACAAGCCGUAGGUGGCACGUGUAAUUGUCAUCUGUUCA